AUGAGAAUUGUUUGUUAUUAUGCAAAUUGGUCACUUUAUCGUCUUCCAAAUACUCCUAUACUAUAUCCGGAUGCCAUUCAUCCAUCGCUUUGUACACAUAUUCAUGUUGCUUUUGCAUUGAUCAAUCCUACCACAUUUAAAAUUGAACCAAGUGAAAAACAUGAUACACAUCAUACAGAUAUAUUUGGGACGCCGUUGUAUCAUAGAUUACUUAAAUUAAAACAGCAGAAAUCUUCAUUGAAAUUAUUAAUAGCCGUAGGAGGAUGGACAGCAGGUAGUGAAGCAUUUAAUAAUAUUUUAACAAAUUCUACAACGCGUACAACAUUUAUUCAACGAACAAAAGAUUUUUUACAUGAAUGGGAUUUUGAUGGAAUUGAUUUAGAUUGGGAGUUUCCAGGUGAUAUAGAACGAGGUGCUAUGAAUAAUUCUCGUGAACAAUUUAAUAUUUUAAUAAAAGAAAUGCAUGAAUCAUUUCAUAAUGAUAGUAAAUCUUUUCUUUUAACUGCUGCUGUUUCGGCUGAUCCAACCAAAAUUGAUAAUGGUUAUGUAGUACCUGAUUUUUGCCAUUAUCUUGAUUAUGUUAGUGUUAUGACAUAUGAUUAUUAUGGUGCUUGGGAUAAUGUCACUGGUAUUAAUGCACCACUUUAUGGGAGAAAUUAUAUUGAUGAAGAUGAUGAUAGACAUUGGAAGAAUGUUAAUCAUUCAAUUCAUUAUUGGAUGUCUAAUGGUUGUUCAGCAGAGAAACUUAAUUUAGGUUUAGCACUUUAUGGUCGAAGUUUUACAUUAAUGAAUAAUUCAAAUUCAAUUUCAAUCGGUACAGAAACCAUUGGUAGUGGUUUAGCUGGACCAUUUACAAAAGAAAAUGGUACACUAGCAUAUUUUGAGAUUUGUCAAAAAUUACGAGUAUUUAAUUGGACACGUGUUUUUGAUACGGAUGCUCAAGCUCCUUAUGCUUAUAGUUCAUCGUCAAAUCCUUCCGAAAAACAAUGGAUUGGAUAUGAUGAUUUGAAAAGUAUUACUGUUAAAGUUUUAUAUGCUAAAACAUUAAAUUUAGGUGGAGCAAUGUUAUGGUCUAUUGAUCAAGAUGAUUAUACAGGUUUAUUCUGUAAUCAAGGAGAAUUUCCAUUUACAUAUCGUGUUCGUGAUAUUCUUCUCUCAUCGAAUACAUAUGAUGAACAGGAUACUUUUACUACAACAAAAUUACGAACAACACAAAAAUUUACUUUUGUUCCAAUUCGACGAAAUACAACACAAAAACACAAAUAUUUCAAGCAGCGAGGUAUUUCUACUCCACCCUUCAACUUCUUCUUUGGUCAUUUCAAAACAUUAUGGAAUGCUCCAUUGUAUCAUCGUCAACUUGAAAAUUGGUCAAAACAAUAUGGCAAAAUCUAUGGAAUCUAUGAAGGAACUCAUCCUGUUUUAGUUGUUAGUGAUCCUGAUUUUCUUCAAGAAGUCUUUAUUAAACAGUUUUCUGUUUUUCCUACUCGAAUGAUCACUAUGUUAGAUGAUAUAAGCCAUAAUCUUGCUUUCUCAACUGGUUCAAAGUGGCGUCGUCAGCGUCAUGUAAUGAAUCCGUCAUUCACUGCAAUGAAGCUCAGGGCAAUGAGUCCUCUUAUCAAUGGAUCUAUCAGCGAUUUAAUAGAUAAACUACUCGAACAUUCAAACAUUGGUGGUGAAUUCAAUAUUUAUCUAUAUUACAAACGGCUAACUAUGGAUAUUAUAUUUCGAUGUGCAUUUGGAAUUGAUAUUGAUUUACAAAAUAAUCCAAACCAUAUUUAUUUUAAAAAAGUAGAAGAAUUGGUUGGUAUUCAUACUGUUCUGAAAAGUUCUAUAUUCAAAAUGACUCAACUAGUACCUGAAAUUAGAGAUAUCCUUGGUCGAUUAUAUAUUAAUCACAAUACUGCACGAAAGUAUAUUAAUACAAGAGUUUUACCAUUAAUAUCAUCAACAAAACAGUUGGAUGAAUCAGCAUUUGCGUGGCUACUGAAUCGACUACAUACAAUUGUCGAACAACGGCAAGAAACACCUAUAUCGAGAAAGGAUCUUCUUCAACUUAUGCUACAAGCAAUGACCAAAGAACCAAAUCAGGAUACGACGGAAGAUGAUUCCAGAAUAAACUAUUGGCUAUCGAAAGACGAAGUGGUAAGUAAUAUUGUUCUCUUCAUGGCAGCAGGAUAUGAAACAACAGCAACUGCUUUGGCUUAUGCUACAUAUGUACUAGCCAAACAUCCAGAUGUUCUUAAAAAACUUCAAGAUGAAAUUGAUCAACUUCCAAUAGACAGCGAUGAUAAUAUUAAUGACGAAAAAAUAAAAGAGUAUCCUGACUACGACACUGUUACACACUUAUCAUAUAUGGAUAUGUUUAUUUUGGAAGUAUUAAGAAUGUAUCCAAUUGGUAAUUCUGGUCUUCAACGAUGUGCUAUGGAAGAUACAGUUGUACAAGGAAUUACCAUUGAAAAAGGUACUUCGGUGUAUGCUGAUUUUUAUUCGAUUCAUUAUGAUCGCGAACUGUGGGGUCCUGAUGAUCCAUAUAUUUUUCUACCUGAACGUCACAAAAUCAAACGUCAUCCAAUGGCGUUUAUAGCAUUUGGAGCAGGUCCACGGAAUUGUAUUGGUAUGCGUUUUGCAUUGAUCGAAAUAAAAAUGCUAUUGACAAGACUUCUUCGUGAAUAUACGAUUCUUCCAGGUGAACAUCUUGAAAGUAAUUUCAACAUCCAUGAAGAAUUAUUUGUCGUACCAGAAGCAAUUUGGAUCAAAUUAGUCAAAAGAGAAACAUAA